GCAUGCCUUAGCCGAGUUGUGCAUCUGCUGCUCUGAACUGCGACCACCGAACCUUGGGCUCUGCCAGUGUAGCCCUCCUGCAAACAGAACCAGCUCCUGUUUGUGUGGUACUGACAGCGUGCCUCACUGUAUCGCAGGCAAGCUUCCUCGGAGCAAGACUGGCUUUCAGAAUACACGCUUGAGGAAUAUUACGUCUGCAUGUCAAGCAAACCAUUAAGGAAAAAAACCAUCCAGGGUUUUCCCCCGUUUCGGCCUCCCUCGGCCGUCAGUGGCAUCCCAGCGCACAGUGCCGACCACCCCCACAUGGCGACCGCGCCGACCCGCCCGCGGCUCCACGGGGCACAGCAGCGGCCGCCGCCCGCCCGCUGCCGCUCAUCCCGACUCGCUCCGGCUCCCGUUCGGGCUGCGACCACGGCCCUCGCUUCCACUCCCUUCUGCGACCCCCGGAUAAGCAAGCCGGCGUCCCACAGCAGCGUCGGGGCGGGGACGGUUCCGCCACCGCGGGGGCGGCUCCACCGCGCUCCGAGCCGGCCGCGCCGUCCUGCUGAGUGCUGCCUCAGGUGCUCUGUCCUGUGCUGCCCGGGAGUACUGUGGAGCCUUAACGGAGCCCCUGCGGCUCCUCGACCUUAAAGGUCACGGGAAAUGGGUUUCCCGGGCAGGCUGGCGGCGCUGCCAAGCCUCCUUGGGGCGGCGGUGGGCCGGGGAGGCGGUGGUGCCUGGAGGCGGCCCGGGCGGCCCUGCCUGGGGACCCCACUCCCAGGCUGGGUCGCCGCUGCCAGGCGCCCACCGCUGGGCGGCCGCGCCGCCUCCUCCCGGGCGCUGGGCGAGUACGAGAAAGUUUUCAGGUCUUCUGUGGAGGAGCCCGAGAAGCUCUGGGGAGCAGCUGCCGAGCAGAUUGAGUGGUACAAGCCCUGGGUCCGGGCCCUAGAGAGGGGCCACCCGGGGAACGGCUCCUGGUUUGUAGGUGGAGAGCUGAAUAUCUGCUACAAUGCUGUAGAUCGUCACGUCGAGAAUGGACGAGGAGACCAAAUUGCCAUCAUUUAUGACAGCCCUGUAACAAAUGCCAAAGAGAAAAUAACAUAUAAGCAGCUCCUCGAACAGGUCUCCAGGUUGGCUGCUGUGAUGGUCAGACAUGGUGUGAAGAAAGGAGAUCGUGUGGUCCUCUACAUGCCUAUGAUUCCACAGACAGUGUACUGCAUGCUGGCUUGUGCAAGAAUAGGAGCCAUCCACAGCCUGAUCUUCGGAGGAUUUGCCUCUAAAGAGCUUUCUGUUCGCAUUGAGCAUGCAAAGCCCAAACUUGUAGUAACAGCAAGUUUUGGAGUAGAACCAAAAAGGAAAGUGGAAUAUGUAUCCCUCCUAGAAGGAGCACUGGCAAGAGUACAGAACAAACCUGCUAAAGUUCUCAUUUACAAGCGACCUAAUUUGGGCCACGUUCCUUUGGUCCCAGGCCGUGAUCUUGACUGGGAGGAAGAGCUUGCGAAGGCAGAGUGUUACAAGUGUGUCUCGGUUCCCUCAGACCAUCCUCUUUAUAUUCUCUAUACAUCUGGAACAACAGGCUUGCCAAAGGGUGUUGUCAGACCAACAGGUGGCUAUGCAGUUAUGCUGAACUGGACGAUGUCAGCUGUGUAUGGACUCAAACCUGGUGAGGUGUGGUGGGCAGCUUCUGAUUUAGGCUGGGUUGUUGGUCAUUCCUAUAUUUGCUAUGGACCUCUCCUUCAUGGGAAUACAACAGUUUUGUAUGAGGGGAAGCCUGUGGGAACGCCAGAUGCUGGUGCCUAUUUCCGUGUGCUAGCAGAGCACGAAGUAGCUGCCCUCUUUACUUCACCAACUGCAAUUAGAGCAAUCCGUCAGCAGGACCCUGAAGCAGCCUGGGGAAAGCAAUACUCCCUGAAAAGGUUCAAAAGGUUAUUUGUAGCUGGUGAGCACUGUGAUGUGAACACACUAGAAUGGUCAAAAAAGGUCUUCAAGGUACCUGUCUUGGACCACUGGUGGCAAACUGAAUCUGGUUCUGCAAUUACUGCUUCCUGUAUUGGUUUGGGAAGCUCUGCAACACCUCCACCUGGACAGGCAGGAAAGCCAGUACCAGGAUACAAUGUGAUGAUUCUGGAUGAAAAUAAGGAACCAGUGAAAGCAAAGACUUUGGGAAAUAUUGUGGUAAAGUUGCCUCUGCCUCCUGGAGCAUUCUCAGGUCUUUGGGAAAAUCAGGAGACAUUUCACAAGUUAUAUUUCCAAAAAUUUCCAGGAUAUUAUGAUACUAUGGAUGCAGGUUAUAUGGAUGAAGAUGGCUAUUUGUAUGUCCUGUCUCGAGCAGAUGAUGUGAUCAAUGUUGCUGGACACAGAAUUUCAUCAGGGGCAAUUGAAGAGUGUGUUCUCUUCCACCACGCUGUGGCAGACUGUGCUGUCGUGGGCCAGGAGGAUGCUUUGAAAGGCCACGUUCCGUUUGCGCUCUGUGUCCUGAGAGAAGGUAUAAAAACAGAUGAGAAGAAGAUUUUUGAAGAGAUUGUUGAGCAAGUUCGAGCUAAUAUUGGUCCGGUGGCAGCCUUCCAGAAGGGGAUGUUUGUGAAACAGCUCCCGAAGACACGCUCCGGCAAGGUACCGCGGUCGGCUCUGUCUGCGCUCGUCAGUGGGAAGCCAUACAAGGACACACUCUACUAUCACAUGCUUCUGUCUGUCCUUCCUUUUCAGAUCACACCAACCAUCGAAGAUGCUAGUGUGUUUAAACACAUCGAAGAAGUGUUACAGAAACACAAAAUGGGAUAAGACAUGGAUAACAAACAUGUCAGUUACUUCAGCAUGCACAGAGACAUUCUUCUAGGAAAUACCACAUUUGCAAAACCAGGGAAUGAUUUGGGACUAUUUUCUUUUACUUCUGGAAUGUUCUUUAUUGUACUGUCACAGCAUAAUAAAAUCUCUGCACCUUGUCAUUA